UAUCCUGCCUGAUAACGUCUACUGCACGAGAAUAAAGCUUCGAGUGCCAAGUAGUGCUCACGCACUUCCUCUUACUUCCUGUUUUUCUCUCUGUUUUCGAGGUUAGGGUUUCAUUCAUUCGAUCGAUCUUUAGUAUGAGGUUCUUGUUUGUUUGAGUGGCUAUGUCUCAAAAUGGAUGUAGUAAGAGAGAGGAUGUUAUUCCUGAUUCUUCUCAGGCUCAGGCUAGUGUGGAUCCGGGAAAUCCUGUGGCUUUGACAUGGCAUCGACAGUUGACUGAUGAGGGGCGCAAAUUAUCACAUUUCAAGCUGUUUUUGCGGGAGAAGCUACAAUUGGCUCAUAUUGGUGUCCGUCUUGGACGAUACGUUAUAGAAGAAGCUGCAAAAGGGCAUGUUGCAGUCAUUGAUUUUCUGAGGAAGCGGUCGUUAACAUCUUGUCAGGGCAUUCCUUUGGGUGGCAUUGGGGCAGGAAGUAUCGGAAGAACCUAUAAAGGUGAUUUCCAGCGGUGGCAAUUGUUUGCUGGAGCAUGUGAAGAUGGAGCUGUCUUAGCAAACCAAUUUUCUGUUUUUAUUUCACGCUCAGACGGGAAGAAGUAUUCUACAGUACUUUUUCCGGAGAAGCCUGAAACUCUUAAAGCACAUGCCGUAUCAGGAAUUGGAUCUUGGGACUGGAACCUGAAUGGGAAAAAGUCAACAUAUCAUGCAGUGUAUCCAAGGGCCUGGACAGUAUAUAAUGGUGAACCUGACCCGGAACUUAAGAUAGUCUGUCGCCAGUUCUCACCAAUUAUUCCUCACAACUAUCGCGAAAGCAGUCUUCCAGUUGCAAUAUUUACCUUUACGCUGACAAAUUUGGGGGAGACAGUAGCAGAUGUAAAAUUGCUUUUUACAUUGGCUAAUUCUGUAGGUGGAAAUUCUGAAUUUUCUGGAUAUCAUUCCAAUUACAGAAUGGUAAACAAAGACGGUGUGCGCGGAGUACUUCUACAUCAUAGGACUGCAAAUGGGAAACCUCCGAUAACAUUCGCAAUAGCUGCACAAGAGACAUCUGAAGUUCAUGUCUCUGAAUGUCCUCGUUUUGUGAUAUCUGGAAACUCCAAGGAUUUCACAGCAAGUGACAUGUGGCAUGCUAUGAAAAAGCAUGGAUCCUUUAAUCACCUUGAUUACAUUGAAACGUCAACACCAUCAAAGUUAGGAACAUCUAUUGGUGCAGCCGUUGCAGCUUCUGUCACUGUUCCUCCUAAAGCUGUUCGUACUGUUACAUUUUCCCUGGCCUGGGCUAGCCCUGAAGUGAAGUUUCCUAGUGGACAAAUAUAUCAUAGGCGCUAUACAAAAUUUUAUGGCACUGAUCAAAAUGCAGCGGCUACACUUGCUCACGAUUCUAUAAUUGAGCAUGCUUUAUGGGAGUCUCAAAUUGAAGAAUGGCAACAACCUAUUUUGAAAGACAAGGACCUUCCAGAAUGGUUCCGUGUCACUCUCUUCAAUGAGCUCUAUUAUCUUAAUGCUGGGGGAACAAUUUGGACAGAUGGGUCACCACCUGUACGAAGUUUAGCGAGCAUUGAAAAAGUGAAAUUUUCUCUUGAUACAUUGGAUUUAAAUUGUACAAAGGUCACAGAUGUUGACCUUUGUGAUAACACAGCAGUUACUAUCCUUGAGAAAAUGACUUCGGUACUUGAGAAGAUUCACAUCCCUGCAGCAUCAAAUUCUGCUUUUGGGACUACAUUGCUUCAAGGAGAAGAAAAUAUUGGCCAGUUUCUCUAUCUGGAAGGCAUUGAAUAUUCCAUGUGGAAUACUUAUGAUGUGCAUUUCUACUCAUCUUUCUCACUCCUCAUUCUAUUUCCAAAACUUGAGCUAAGCAUUCAAAGAGAUUUUGCAGCAGCAGUUAUGAUGCAUGAUCCAGAGAAGGUUCACAUUAUCAGUAAUGGCAAAUGGGUGCCAAGAAAAGUUCUUGGGGCAGUUCCUCAUGAUAUCGGGCUAAAUGACCCUUGGUUCAAAGUAAAUGCAUAUAAUCUCCACAAUACAAACAGAUGGAAAGAUCUGAACCCCAAAUUUGUUCUGCAAGUUUAUAGAGAUGCAGUGUUCACAGGUGACAAAUCCUUUGCCAGAGCUGUUUGGCCUGCCGUCUACACGGCAAUGGCUUACAUGGAUCAGUUUGACAAGGAUAAAGAUGAGAUGAUUGAAAAUGAAGGCUGUCCUGAUCAGACAUAUGAUGUUUGGUCAGUAACUGGUGUGAGUGCUUACUGUGGGGGCCUGUGGGUGGCUGCUCUACAGGCUGCUUCUGCCAUGGCCAAUGAAGUUGGUGACAUGGAAUCUAGAAUCCUGUUUUGGCAAAAGUAUCUCAAGGCAAAAGCGGUGUAUGAGAAAUUAUGGAAUGGUUCAUAUUUCAACUACGAUGAUAAUGGUGGCAGAACAAGUUCUUCUAUUCAAGCAGAUCAGCUGGCUGGACAAUGGUAUGCUAGGGCAUGUGGUCUUUCGCCAAUUGUUGAUGAAGAGAAAGCACAAAAAGCGCUUGAAAAAAUAUUUAAUUUCAAUGUUUUAAAAGUUAAGGAUGGUAAGCGAGGAGCUGUUAAUGGGAUGCGACCAGAUGGUACCGUUGACAUGUCUGCAAUACAGUCUAGAGAAAUAUGGUCUGGAGUGACGUAUUCUGUUGCUGCUACUAUGAUCCAGGAAGGUAUGGUUCAAGCAGGAUUCAGAACCGCUCAAGGGGUUUAUGAAGCUGCAUGGUCUCAAGAUGGACUUGGAUAUGCUUUCCAAACACCAGAGGCUUGGAAUACCGAUGAUGAGUACAGGUCACUAUGCUAUAUGCGUCCUCUGGCCAUAUGGGCAAUGCAAUGGGCAUUAUCGCCGCCAAAGCUCCACAAGGAACAGGAAACAGAUAUAACAGAAAAUGAUGCGGCUUCACAACAAAAUAGCUCCUUCUCAAAAGUUGCCAACUUUCUGCAGUUGCCUGAAGAUACAUCAAAAAGCUUUAUUCGUGUUGUUUAUGAAAUUACUUGCAACAGAUGGAGGUCUUAACUAUUCUAGGAGGUUUGCUCAAUAUGUUGAAACUUGAUCUUGAUCAUGCCAAAAUGCAGGGGAAUUCAGUAUGCACGCCAAAAUAAGAUGUAUGGGGAUCGAUUCAAUUCAUACUGUUGUAAUUCUAGUCUUGUUCUCCAUUCUGUCAUUUUUUUUUUCCUUUCUUGGUUGUUGUUGUUGUUGUUCUUGUUGAUGAUGUUGUUGUUGUUUUCAGAACCUCAUAUAUUAAAGUAUUUUCUGUAAGUUCA